AAAAGAAUUUUGUGUGAGGUCUUCACUAUGGCACAAGUAUCCUCAAGUACUUGGGCCGCUUUCAUGGAGGUAAACAGGCUGUACGAGAUUGGGAAGCUCAAAGGGCAGAGUUUUUUCUCCUGGCGAUGUCGUCAAAGGGACAUUAGCAAUUAAACAGUGGCAUAUGAAGCCAUUAGUCAGCCUUCCUGAUGAAACAAAACUAUUCCUUUUGAACAAGGUAAAGGCAAUAUUGCAACAGUCUGGCAUGAAAUUUUGUUUUUCACUCCAUUUUGUAUUUUAUUAUAUUUUAAGUUAAAUUCCACUUCUUUUCAGUGGCUAAUAACCCCAAGAAUUUAAACUAAUUUGUGUGUACUUUCUCUCUUUGGCAUCCCUUGAAAAUGUGUUUAUGUAGCUUCUGUUCCAAUUGUCGCUCUACAAACCCCUGUCUUUAUUAUCUGGUUCUUUUUAGAUCUCUUCUGGUGAAUUGUUAUUAAAAGAUUUAAAACAGAAGCAGACAAGAUAAAGACACUGAACACUGUACAGUUUACAGUUAUGUCAUUCUUUAAAGUAGACGAUUGGGAUGAGAUAGUCAAGAGAUUUGGUCCAAUGGUCAACAACGAGAAGCUGUUGAGAUUUACAGUAAGCCAACAUGUUUUUCGUUGACUAAUAUAGAAAUUACCUAGUAUGUAACUAUGUAAACAGUCAUCUGCAUUAAUUAUUACAUUACACAGUAUUCACAUAGUUUUCUUCUUAAGACCUGAUCCAUUUUUGUAGAGAUUUACUGUGGAAAUCUAAAAGCUAUGAACACUUUGAUUUGAUUUUUUACAUUUCCCAUUGUACAGCAACCAAUCAGAAGUAACGCAAAACCUCAAACUACUUAUAUUACCAUUACUGUUUGUGGUUUAAUUUAUUAUUCUUGUGCUUGAAAUUUAACCACAUUGACCUCUUAGUGUUCACAAUUUUUGGAUUUUCAUAGUAAUACUUCUAGUGUUAAAAAAAAAAAAAUUUGAGAACAGUUUUCAUUAUAUGCAAGUACAAAAUACAACUAUAUAUCCUGCAGGUUGGGGAGGAGAAAUUAAGGUAAAUAGUAAGUUCAAGUGAUACAGUGAGAGUAGCUGACAAUUCUAUCAUGUAUAUGAAGAAGAGGUAACUAUUAUCUACUGCAAAGGAAUCUACUGAAGGAGCAGACUGUUCUUAAGGCAUUGCAUUACCACCAAUUCUUGCUGGGUAAUCAGUAGGAAAUCUUUUAAAGAUUUACUUCCAAUAUUUUUUGUAGCUUAUUGUUCCUAUUCCUUCAAUUUAGGAAAUUUUGAGGCCUCAUAUGAUUUCCAAGUGUUCCUGAAGAGGUUGAAAGAGUGGGAAUCUGCUAGGCAUGAGGCAGCAGAAGAUACUCCAGUUGCUACCCUGGGGGUUGAAGAAUUUACUGUCAGUAAUGAGGGUCUGCACAACAAGGGCAGUGCUGUUUUCCUUGUAACCUUCAAGAGGUGACCCAAAGCAUGGAAAUCUUCAAAUUGAACUUUGAGGGCAUCUCCCUUGCCCUAGGAGUUGUUGGAUUUGAUGAUAAGGUACAUGACAUGCCUUCCUGUGUGUUUGUAAUAAGCAUUAAUUCCUACACAUCUUCAUCUUAUUUUGAUGGAUGUUAACUGGCUUGUAAAAUGACAGUGUGACAAAUUCUUCCUUUUUUUUCACAAACUACUACUGUGACCAUAAGGAACUUUAAAAGGAGAAUCUUCAGCUGAACAGAAGUUAGAUGAAGCUUUUUCUCAUUCCACUUUGUCAUUAAAUGUAUUAAACACCACUUUCAGUUCUGAAGAAUUGUGAUAACCAACCACCAAAAUUCAUUACUUGCUCCCCUCAAAAAAAGUUGUUCUGUGUAGAACCCAAGUGCUGUUAAUACUCCCGUUACUUACAGAUAUUUACAUGUAUGUUAAAUGUGUUUCCUAUUGUACAUUGUCUGUUGAAAGUCACCCACAAAGUCCAAUUAAUCAAAGGUUUCUGUUGAUAAUAAUAAUUAUUGUCUUAUUGCUGUUUUCAAUAUAUUUUAGGGACAGCUGGAAGUGGAAGAAAAAUGUAGUGAAAUAGUUAAGCUGCUUUCCAGACUAAACUUCACAGUCCUGAGCUCAUUUAACUGUGUCAUUAUGUGUCCUGUGCACUGGGCGCAUAUUGUGUCCGAAACAUUUACCAAGGAAGGUGCAAGCCAGACCCAACAGGGUUUUAUCUAUCAUAAACAACAACUGAAAAGUAGGCAAGGUGAGAGAAUAGGCCAUUAUUAAUAUACAUGGAAUCAAUUGCUGACAAUACCCUAAUUCUCUGUUUUCCACCGCGCACAGGUGGCUCAGUUGGUUGAGUACCGGGCUGUCGUGCGGGAGGUUGCAGGUUCGAACCCUGGCCGGACCAUUACUCGGGGUCUUAAAAUAACUCAGUGCUGCCUUUGUAAUGACAUCUGCAAAUGGCUAGACUCUCUAGUCUUCUCGGAUAAGGACGAUAAACCGUUCGCCCCGUCUCACAACCUUUCAAUGUUCAUAACCCUGUGGGACGUAAAAGAACCCACACACCAUUUGCAAAGAGUAGGGCAUGAAGUUCGCGGUGUUGUGGUCAGGCCUUAUUUCAUUCAUUCAUAUGCAUUGGGUUGGGUGAGAUCGCUAAUGGACUGAUAGCGGCUUCCAGAGGCACCUGUGUAUGCUGAGGUCCGGUCUCACCCAUGGAUCUAUAACUUGUAAAGCGCAUUUGAAUAUGCAUAUAGAAAAUGCGCUGUACAAAUUCAAUACCAUAUUUUUCAAGACCAAUGUUUUCUAUUUCUCACAUCACAGCAAAAAUUGAAUUAAUUUUUAUGUCUAACCUGGCAUAUGUAUUACUUGUUCACAUUGUAAUAAAUCUGUUGUUAAUGCUUUGCCUAUUUCUAACCUUUAGGUAGCAAAAUGCAAGAGGUGGUAUCCUCAUUUAUUGUUGGCCACUGGGCUUCAUCUAGGAUAGUGGGAAAGAGCCAUGUCAAUUAUGCCACUCCUCCUCCAAACAUUGUUGAGGUGACUUCUGCAAGAAUAGGGGAGGAAUACCCUGUUUCCUUUUUUAAGGACAUAAUCAGUUGGUUUUCAAAGGAUGGAGACUUAAUCCUAGAAGUAGGAUAUGGGGAUGAAGUUGGUAUGUAA